AUGACUGAGACCGAGACAUGGACGAUGCUAGGGAAGACGUCUGGAUCUGAGGCAGAGGCAGGUGAGAUAUUGGAAACUGAGGCUGAGAUAUGGAGGAUGCUGGGGGAGAUGUCUGGAUCUGAGGCUACGGCAGGUGAGAUGUCAAUAGAUGAGGCCAAGACAUGGAGGAUGCCGAGGGAGAUGUCUAGAUAUGAGGCUGAGGCAGGGGAGAUGUCAACAGCUGAGGUCGAGACAUGGAGGAUGUCGAGGGAGAUGUCUGGAUAUGAGGCUGAGGCAAGGGAGAUGUCGGUAAUGAGGAUGGGAUAUGGAGGAUGUCUUGAGACCACAAAUGCUAUUCUAGCUGAUCUUGGAGAUAGGUGGUUCACUUUACUACUUGAUGAGGCUCGUGACUGUUCAGUGAAAGAGCAAAUGGCAGUUGUUAUUAGAUAUGUGAAUAAGCAUGGAGAGGAGGCAAUCGACUCUUUAUUUGCUAAGUAUGGUUUAUCAGUGGCGAGAUUGAGGGGUCAAGGAUAUGAUGGUGCUUCAAAUAUGUCUGGAGAAUUUAAUGGCUUAAAGUCACUGAUAAUGAAAGAAAAUCCGUAUGUAUUGUAUGUUCAUUGUUUUGCUCAUCAACUCCAGCUAGUGGUUGUAGCUGUUGCUCAAGCAAAUCAAUAUGUUUGUGAUUUCAUGUGGAUUGUUGGUUCGAUUGUGAACACAUCUGCAUCAUCUUGCAAAAGGGCCGACAAACUUCGACAACUUGAACAUGACAGAAAAGUUAAACUUCUUGAAAGAGGAGAGAUUAGUUCUGAGGUUCUUCAAAAUUUGAUUGAUGAUGGUGAUCGUUCUUCUAAGGAUUUAAGUAGAACUUUGGUUGAAAGAAUGGAGAUGUAUGAAUUUGUGUUUAUUCUACUAUUGAUGAAACGUAUAUUGGCAAUCACAAAUCAUUUGUCAACCGUUCUACAAGAGAAAGAUCAAAAUAUUGUGAAUGCGAUGCGUUUGAUCAAUAAUGUGAAAUGCAAAUUGCAAAAGUUGAGAGAUUCUGGAUGGGAUAUUUUACUUGAGGAUGUGAAGAAGUUUUGUAACACUCAUUCCAUUGAAAUAAUUAAUAUGACAGAUAACAUCAACAGCCGUAGUCGUUUGAAGAGAGAUGGAAAAAAUGUUAUCGAUAUUAUUCUACAGGAAAUGGAUAGUCAUUUCUCUGAAACAACUACAGAUUUGUUGAUUUAUAUGUCAUGUCUUGAUCCUAGGAACUCAUUCUCUAGAUUUGAUGUACAGAAGUUAGUGCGUCUGACUCAUUUUUAUGAGGAUGAUUUUUCUUGGAAUGAGCGUAUGUUGGUUGAACAAGAGCUUGAAACAUAUAUUGAUGACGUCAGAUCAGAUGAACGGUUUGAAGACAUUUCAGAUUUAGGAGCUCUUGCAAAGAAAAUGAUUGAAACAAUGAAGAAUCGUGUGUUUCCUUUGGUUUAUCGGAUGAUUGAGCUAGCCUUACUUCUUCCAGUUGCUACUGCAACUGUUGAAAGAGUGUUUUCGGCAAUGAAUAUUGUCAAAACAGAUUUGCGAAACAGGAUUGGAGAUGAAUGA